CAGUAUUUUUAGUACGUUUAUAAUAGAAUCAGUAUUUUAGCGCAUUUAGCAAACGGUCGUUGCAGUCUCAGCUUCCAGAAUUGUUUAAACAAACAAAUACUAAAAUAGCAUUCGUCCGUCGUAAACAAAGGCCGCAAAACGCAAGUGCAUUUGGCGUUAGCAGCAACAACACAACUACAACAUGGCUGGUUUCGUAGCGGUGCAUACAGGAGCUGGAAAUUGCAUCGACGAAACGAAAUACCAGCGCGUCAUCAAAGAGGCAUGCAUACGGGCUACAGAAAUCCUACGAAACGGCGGCAGCGCCAUCGAUGCCUGCGAGGCAGCUAUAAUGCGAUUGGAGAAUUGUGGCCAUACAAACGCCGGCUUUGGUUCCAAUCUAUGCUUGGACGGCUCGGUGCAGUGCGAUGCAGCCAUUAUGAGCGGCACCACGCUCAAUUUUGGGGCAUGCACCAAUGUAAGCCGCGUUAAGAAUCCCAUUCAGCUGGCGCGCCGCAUUUGUGACGGACAGUCGGAUCAACAGCCACUAGAACGCAUACCACCGAUGGUUCUAGCAGCCAGUGGUGCAGAGCAGUUUGCUGAACAAGUGGGCUGUGCAAUGGUCGAUCCCAACGUGCUGAUCUCAUCAAAAGCGAAAUUCCAUUAUAAUCAUUAUAAGAGCAAAUACGAUAUAGUUGUCGGCAACAGCAAGGCCGUCGAAGAGGCUGUGCCCGAGCCAGGCAACGAAGUGGAGCUAACAGCCGCACUGGACACCGUCGGCGCUGUGUGCGUUGAUGGCUCCGGAAACACUGCAGCCGGCUGCAGUUCCGGUGGCAUUCUACUCAAAGUACCAGGUCGCGUGGGCCAGGCUGCGACCUACGGCGCCGGCUGUUGGGCCACGGAUACCGAUGAACUGGCCAUUGCUACGUGCACGACGGGCAAUGGUGAGUAUCUGAUGAAAACGCUGCUCGCCCGAGAGAUAUGCAAUGGCGCCUUUGGCAGCGAUUGUGCUGUAACAAGUCUGCACAAAACAUUUAAGCAAAAGUUCUUGGAUUCUCCGCUGCUGCCGCAACAGCAGGAUCUCUAUGCCGGUGCACUGACAUUGCUCUACUAUCCAAAACAGAGCUGCGGCGAGGUGAUGUGGAGUCAUACAACGCAAUCGUUCUGUGUCGGCUACAUGGCCACAACGCAGAAAGUGCCAAAGUUUGUACACUCUCCGCUGCCCACGUAUAGUGUGCCAGGCAGAUCGUGCGUCGUCAAUGGCCAUAAUUUCCAUUUGCGCAUUUAGUUGUGGCCAGCCAAAUAGACUCAGUCACAGCCACCUUAACGGCCUCUGCCACAGACCACAGCCACAGCUACAGCCUCCUGCUCGUCGUCAUUCAGUGUCAGCUUUGCAGUUUUCUGCAAUUCAUUUGAUUUAAUAUUUAAUUGCCGCGACAAUCGCUGCCAGCGAAGGCGCGCCGCCCAACCGACAAAACCAGCCAGGUUGCAGCAUUACCAACAGCAACAACAACAACGACAACAUUUCAUAUUGCUUUCGUCUCGAUGAAAUAUUAAGAAUCAUUAAAUAAGAACUUUUCAUUGUAUAGCGCUCAUGUAUGUACAUAUGUCUAUGUUUAUGUGUGUGGCCAUGCCGCACAACUAGCAAUAAAAUAAGAUUAUUUUCUAUGUA